UAUCCUGUUUCACGCUAUUUGGCUCAAUGUGUUUGUGUGACAGUUGCUAUUGGGAACUACGUUUUGCUUUUUUAACACUGAUUUGUUUGUCUGCAGAUCGCAGAGGGCAUGGCCUACAUUGAGCAGAGGAACUACAUCCACAGAGAUCUGAGAGCUGCCAACAUCCUGGUCAACAAGGCCUUAGUGUGCAAAAUUGCUGACUUCGGUCUCGCUCGCAUCAUCGAAGACAACGAGUACACAGCCAGAGAAGGAGCCAAAUUCCCCAUCAAAUGGACAGCCCCUGAGGCCAUCAACUACGGCUCUUUCACCAUCAAAUCUGACGUCUGGUCCUUUGGCAUCUUGCUGACUGAGAUCAUCAGCUAUGGACGCACACCAUACCCAGGCAUGACCAACCCAGAAGUGAUCCGCUCCCUGGAGAAGGGCUACCGAAUGCAGCGUCUGGAAAGUUGUCCCACCGAACUCUAUGAAAUCAUGCUGGAGUGCUGGAAGAACAAGCCUGAGGACCGUCCCACCUUUGACUACCUGCAGAGCGUCCUGGAGGAUUUCUACACAGCCACAGAGAGCCAGUAUCAGCAACAGCCAUGAGACUUACACACGUUUUCUCUUGUAGUACUGUUCCAUAAAUACUUCACAGCAAGUCCAGUUUCUACACCCAGCAGUGCAGGUCAGAGCAAAUACACAUGAUCCAUCUUUACCGCUCUCUCUUUCUCAGUCACACUCAUGUAUCAUAGCAAGGGACUGUACAAAAAUUACUGUGGAAGGAGGGCUGAAACUUUAUUUUCUAUAUAUUUUUAAGAAGCUAGGGGGCACUGUUCCUAAUAUUUUUCAUAUUUUUACUGGGCCUUUGAAUGAAAACAAUUUAAUGUACUAUAAUCACAAAGGAAACAUUUAGUAAUGCAAAAUAUAAAAAUAAUAUAAUCAGUAAUGAUUCUUUUUUACUAAAAAUAUUAAAAUAAUUAGGACAAAAUUAGGACAACACAAUCCUACCUCAAACUUCAGUCAGGGGCACUGCAGCACGCAUGAUGUCUGCUGAUGUUCUGAAGGCUUGGUUACAGGAUAACAUGAUCAUAGCUGCCUCUGCUGUAUAGUUUCACAAAAAAGCCAUAAAUCAUCUGGAUGCACACCAGCAGCAGUCUUGUAAAUAAAUUGAAAUAUACAGUGACUAAUAAUUUAUUUUUCACUUGGAAUUACACAGGAUAAAACACCAGUGCAAUGUGAUCCCACCAAACUCCUUUAACCCUUUGAAACCUGGAGAGAUAUCAGUUAAUUUGUGCUGCACUCAAACACAUUACACA